ACCAAGACCACGAUGUUGACGUAACACGAAAGGAUGGCCUGAUCCUCAUACGGGAAAUGGCGCUCGAGGUGAAGAACAUGAUGGACAUCAAAAUGCACGCGGUGAUGAGGAUCAUGGACUCGGCGGAGCAGGCGGCGCUGUCACACCGGCCGGAGCGGUCGUCGGGUGCGCGCUACUACAACUCGCGCCGCCUCAACGAGUACGGGCCGGACGGCCGGCUGCGGCCCGGCUACCAGGAGAUGGCGCUCACGCCCAACCGCCACUUCGACCAGCUCGCCGUCAACACCAGCCUCAGCGCCGUGCUCAUGCCGCCCGACGUGCACGACUCAGACGCUGAGGUUAUGAACGCGAUCAGGUGGUCGGAACACCUCGAUCCGCUGUUCGUAAACAACUACGAGAUCGAUCCCUCCUUGUCGUGGCAAUACUUCGGCAGCGCUUCUGGCUUUCUGCGACGAUAUCCAGCGAUUAAGUGGCCUCCGGAUGAAGCGUCUGCCAGAAGUGACCAGGAGCUGCACGACUUCCGGAUGAGCUCGUGGUACAUCGACGCUGCCACCAGCCCCAAGGACGUCGUCAUCCUUCUGGACAGCUCUGGCUCCAUGACGGGCCUCAGGAGGGACCUGGCGACGGCAGUCGCCUCCGCCAUCCUCGAUACCCUCGGCAACAACGACUUCGUGAAUGUCUACAAAUUCUCGGAUACCACGGAGGAGCUGGUCGCUUGCUUCAAAGACAUGCUGGUGCAGGCGAACAUGGAAAACAUCAGAGAACUGAAAAACAACUUGGAGUCACGAAAAUCGGAAAAUAUCGCCAAUUUUUCGUCUGCACUGGUAACAGCAUUUGACAUAUUACAGAGGUACAACAAAAGUUCAUUAGGCUGCCAGUGUAAUCAGGCAAUAAUGUUGAUAACGGAUGGACCACCAGAUAAAUAUCGUGAAAUAUUCAAGCAUUAUAACUUCCCACAUAUGCCUGUACGAGUAUUCACAUAUCUAAUAGGCGCUGAUUCUUCUAAUGCUGAAGAAAUGCAUUGGAUGGCAUGUGAAAAUAAAGGUUAUUAUGUUAGAAUAGGGAGUAAGUCUGAGGUUAAGGAGAAAGUUCUUAAAUACAUAUCGGUGAUGGCAAGACCAAUGGUUAUGUAUCAGAAUGAUCACCCAAUCCAGUGGACACCAGUCUAUGCUGGAGGAAGGGGUGACAAUUUUUAUGGGGCUGCACAAGAUGGCCAGCUGAUGACCUCUGUCUCCACUCCUGUCUUUGACCGUAAGAAUUAUUCAGAAAGAGUGGCCAAUUUACUAGGUGUGGUAGGCACUGAUGUUCCUGUAGAACAAAUUAAGAAACUGGUGCAGCCAUAUAAGCUUGGUGUCAAUGGCUACUCUUUCAUUAUUAACAACAAUGGUCAUAUAUUGUACCAUCCAGAUCUCCGGCCGUUGAUCAAGAAUGGAAAUGGUCAGUUUCAGGAAACACUGAAGCCCAAUUAUAACAGUGUAGACUUAACAGAAGUUGAGUUGGUUGACAGUGAUGGUGGACCACGAGAAAACAACACGCUGUUACUAGAUCUGCGGCAUGAUAUGAUUGACCAAAAGGAGGGAGAGACAGAGCUUAGUGUCAAAAUCCACUAUGAUGAAAUGAGGCGUGUCACUACUAGAAGACAUAAAUAUUUUUAUAAUCCAAUAGAAGGAACUCCAUUCUCUCUUGGUCUUGCCAUUCCAGAAGGUUAUGGGAUGUAUGAAGUGAAAGGUGAACAGGAGUUGAAACUGCGGCCUGUAAAUCUUACAGAAUUUUUCAAAGGGAACAACUGGCGAGUGCAUCCAGAAUGGGUUUACUGUGAAUACAACUAUGCCUCUGAAAAUACAUUUAAAACACCUGAAGAACAGGUGCUCCAUUUUUUGUCAAGAACUCGUAAGCCUGGAUGGAAAUGGAUGUCACUGAGGCCAAGAUCACCACUCAGAGAUGGGCAUCCUAAUAUGAAGAAAAUGGAGAAGGACUCAUAUUUCUGUGACAAGACAUUGAUGCAGUCUCUUGUGUAUGAUGCAGUGAUUACAGAUGGCCUAGAACGGCAGACUCCUUCAUCAGUUGGCCAAGAUACAAACCCGUUAGCCAUGCUGAUGGCUCUACUUCACAGACAAGGAUACCAAAUGUUUGGAGUGACAUUAUCAUUCAUAGCAACACGAAGUGGAUUACUACGCUGGCAAGAUCAUAUUCCUCCUAGUACAACUGACAGCAGUCAGCCAAUACGUCAUUUUAGUGAAGAUAAUCGUCGUGCAAUUGAUGAAGUUUGGUACAAAAGGGCAGUUGACCAACAUAAUAUAGAACCAGAAAGUUUUGUUUUCUCUGUUCCAUUUGAUAUUGGUUCGGUGCCCAAAACCCUGGUAACAGCAACACACGCAGUUUUUGUAGAAUCAAAAGGUCAUCAAGCACCAGCUGCUGUGGUUGGGCUCCAGUUCCAACAUUCCACAUUGGCUGCUCACUUCCUGAAUAUUACAGCAACAUGUUCAAACUGCAAGAAAACGUGUGUAUCUGAUGAACUGGACUGCUAUGUACUGGACAAUAAUGGAUUUAUUAUUAUUUCUGAAAGUCUUGAUAAUACAGGAAAGUUCUUUGGUCAAAUUGAUGGAACAAUAAUGGACUCCUUGGUACAAGAUAAAAUUUAUAAGAAAGUUGCAGUUUACGAUUAUCAAGGCGCCUGCGUUGAUCAGAAAUCUCCAUAUAGUGCUGCAGGAAUUCAUGCAAGUCCUCUCCUGCCAAUGAAAUGGUUCCUGCAGUGGGUCGUCAGCAAAUUUCUUUGGUUAUUGAUGAAGACAAAUGUCUAUCAGCUUUGGGAUCCUAGAUGGACAUUUGCUGAUGAUGAUGGAGCUGCAUACACUGAAGUUGAAGCAGACACAUUUGUAACAAGAGAUGAGGGUGCUUCCCUUCCAACUAGUGAAGGAUCUCUUCCUGAGAGACAAGGCUAUCAUACUUACAUGACACCUGUGGUUCAUCACAUAAAUCCAGCAAAUAAGACACAACCAAGACCAUGUGAUAAACGAGUAGAUCUCUAUAUCUUACAGCCAGAUCGACUUAAUAUCAAUCCACUGAAAGGAAAGCUAACAAACUGCCAUUCAACAGGAUGUGAAAGACCUUUCAGUGUUCAAAAAAUACCUAAAAGCAAUUUAAUUCUGUUGGUUGUUGACACUCUAUGCCCAUGUGGCAGCAAACAACUUAGUAUAGUACCACAGGAAGUAACUUAUGAUUCUGUAUCUGAAGCAGAAGGAGCACACUGUCGUAAUAAGCCACAGGAGGCAAUGUACAGAAGAAGGCCUCCAAAGUGUAUGAAUUAUCACCCAGAGGAAAGUGAAAUUAGAGCCUGUGGCCAUGGAAGUGUUUCGUCCUUGUCUCCUUGGGUGCUACUCUACUGUUUAUUUAUGUGGACUAUUAGGGCAAUAUCAGUCUCCUUAUGACUGACUGUUUUAUAAUAAAAUACCAUUUUCCUGUGUUUAUUUUUCUGUGAGUUUGUCUCAAGAAGAGAAAUAAAAUGAAUGUAAUUACAAGCUAUUGCUGCAAUGGUAUGACAAUGACAUUACAGCAGACUUAAUAAAAAGUGAACAUCAAUUAUUAACAGAUUACGUUCAGCCUACAAUAACAUGAAUGUUUUAUUUUUAUUGUGUGUAAUUUCAGACAGGUGCUACAGGAUUUUGUUAAGAAACAUCAAGUUUUAAAUGUUCAUGGAGGAAGUGGUAUCUUCAGUGACAAUUAUUUUCCAUAACAUUUGUGGGACAGACAAAAUAUCACUAUAUAUUUAACACAGUGGGCUGUGUAAAUCAGUUUAUUCAUUAUCAGACAGUCAUGCUUUAUUUCUUACAUUAGAAUGAAAUGUUUUACUGUUGGUGUUCAAUGGUAUUAAGUUAUUUGAUCAUCUAAAAAACUGAGAUGAACUAUUACUGUGGAUCACAAUUUGGACUGGUACCACAAGUACUGUGUUACUACUUCCUUCACUCACCAGAUUCUGUUUCUUUACAGAGAAAUGGUGUAAAUAAAAAUGUAAUUUGUAUACAAAAUAAUAUCAUUAACUCUGUUAAGAAAUCAUUAAAAGUUUUAUGUUAGUGUAGAUAAGAUAUCUAUUAGUUCCUGAAUUAUUUAUUUUCAGAAAUUUUAGUCUAGAUAUAUAUAUGUAUAUGUACUAUGUAUCAUUUUAUUUUAAUUGUCAAAGAAUGUUUGUCCCUUGGACUGAACAAUACUUUAUUUUUUAUAUAAGAUUGUAGUGGGUUGUUUUUGAGCGUAUUGUGAAAAGCCUAUCAAAAAUGUGACACUUCAUUUUGGUAUCAAAAAAAUUAGUUGAAUUUUUAUGUGCUAUGGUGGAUUGAUUGAAGUCUUUCUGUUGAAGUAUGUGUGCUGUCAUAACAAUGUUAUAUUUCUAAUUUUUCGUUUUUAAUUAUUCUUUUCAAAUUUGUGAAAAUAAUUUCCAAAUUUUCAUUAAUUUUACUCUCAAGAGAGCCAAUUUGUUAUAUCAAUACUUCACAGAAAACUAAUUUUCUUUGUAAGACCUAAUGCAAAAUAUGUUUUAUGCAAAUCAGGGGUCGUUGGAUUGAAAUAACCUGCUCUUGGGUCCACUAUAAAGGACUUGAUGUUCAGCUCAUCAUAUAUCAUUAUCCAUUUUCUUACAACCGUAAACAUAAUGUAUAGCACAAUUUUCACAAAUCAUUUAAAACAGACUGCCCCUUUUGCAAUGAUCAAUACUGUAGAUUAGUAGAUGCUACAGAUUUUUACAUCCUAAAUUUUUCGUAGCUACAUUGGUUCAAACCUACAGAAGCCAGCAAGAAGUAAACUUAAUACUUUUUAAAGAAAAAUUUCUUCUGCUCUUCAGCUGUGCCAAACACUUAAACUGACAUUGUUUUAAUAUUUCAGGCAUAAGUACUGCAAUACAAACAUAUCCAGAUGAACAUAUCUCUGCAAAUAAGAACCAAUCAUUAAACAUAACAUUAAAUGAAACAACUAGACCAAAUCUGUUAUAUGGAAAAACUAUUAAUUAUCCAUCAAUUUCAAGUAGUAACCUUCCUAAUACAUAUCAGUGAUAUUAACCACUACAACCCUUAUCCCACUUCUGAUUUUCUUGUGCAGUUUGAUAUUGUCUGUAGAUCAUUAAGUGUUAACUUAUUAAAUAUAUAUAUAAUUAUGCCCAUAUGCUUCAGAUGGACUAGGAAAAGAAAUGCUUUUUCUGGAGUGAUGCCCUCUUGAUCUUCCCCUGCAUCUGUUAAUGGAGAAUGAAAUGCACUCUGUAUUUGAAAAGCUCCUUGAAUGCCACCAAUUCUUAACAGUUACCUAGGCUAAACCUCAUCUAUUUACAGAAAGAUGCAGGAUUUACUUUGCCAUGUAUGAAAGAUACAGAAAUUAAUCACUUAGAAGCAAAUAAUGAAAGUAUUGUAACAAUGAGACAAUAAGUUUAACAAAUAGACUGACUCAGCCAGUUGUAUGCAGACUCGCUGUUUCUGCUGCACCAAGAAAUACACCAAAUAUCUUUAAAUAAAAGUAUUUGUGUUUAUUGUUUCUCUCUGACUUUGAACCCAGCAAAUCUUUAAUGGAUAGUUUUAGGAAGAUACACAAAGACUAUGUGAUGAUAAGUCAUUGCAGAAAAUGUUCAUUAUUGUUCAGAAGAAAAUGGUUUUAUAUUAGCAAAAACACUGGAACUUUGACACUACAUAAUGAGCACAACAACGCAAACUUUACUGUUAGAAAUACCUCAAAGAGUAAAAGGAAAAAUUACUACUACAAAUGGUAUGAAACUUAAUAGAGACAUACAUUUGUGUUGAAUGUGGUUGUUCAUACUGUAACUUUUUAUACCAGUAUUAAGAAAUCUUAUAAAUUAGAAAUACAGUAGAAAUGUGUGCAUGUUUCUGUGUGUGAGCAUGUUUUGCAUAAUUUCUUAUAUGUGAAAAGUACCUCAUACUGAUACACAAUAAGAAAAAAAAGAUGUACUUUGUAAUCAGAUUGCAUUUCUGUGGUGUGCUAUAUGUACUGUAUGUAUCCUAGCAGUGCUCCAUGGCCAUUACAGCAAACCAUACCUCUUCUGAAGGGAUAAGAGGAACAUCAGUUACCAUCCUCAAAUGACCUGCGGCCUACUGUGCAAAAAGAAACUGCAAUAAUUUAUUUGUGUCAGAAUAAGCUGGUGCAAAUCUCAAUGGAACAAUAAUUGGACAAUCCACCUUCAAUGAAAGAAAAACUUAUAACAUAAACAAUUCAUGUUGCUGUGAAUAAAGGUUACAAUAAUGAGGUGGUGAUAAAUUAUAGUGAAUUGAGAUUUAUUUUUUAAUCUCUAUUUAUCAAGAAACUUACAUAAAAGGAAGCAUGACCGUGUGUUCAUCAGUGCACAAAUAGUAAGAAAGGUGUGAUGACUGAAAGUUUUUCCUUGAGUAUUCUAUUGUUAAAGCUAAAAAGUGACAGGGAGUGAAUUUUCCUUUUUAAUUGUUUACCAAGUACAUUUUUCCAUCUCACAGUAAUUUUUAAAAGUCAUAUGCAUUUUUCAUGCAUUUUGCCUGUGCUCUGCCGUGUGGUUAUGCUAUACUAUAUGGUGUGAUAUACUUACAGGGAGUAUUAGAUCGUGGUGGUCUGUUACAAAAGAAGGCUUGACUUUUGAAGGGAAGGAAAUUGACUUAUGAAUUGCAUAUUGUUUGGAUGCCUUAAUGUGGAGAAUGUGUGAAUUUUUACUCCAAGUCUGUUGAUUGUUUGCUAAUUACUCUUGCAAACAUUAUGUCUUCCAUUUAAAUUAUAUGAAUAAGAGAUCAGAAUAAAAAUAGUUAUUGAAUAUAGUGAGGAAAGAGAUGAAUAAAAGUAGGUGGAUGAAUGGCACAGUUACAUUUAAAUAAUUUAUUUUUUGGUAUUAUUGUACUAAAAUAUUUAAAUAAAAAGCUUUGAUUAUACAAUCCUUGUACGUAACUGCGGUGUUGUAAUAAUGUGUGGGAAAUUUGAAACCUUUUUGUUCAAAUUAGUUUUGUCUCAUGUGGAAAAUAUUAUUAUGGAUUUUAUUGCAAUGUUUUGUGUAAAAUAUUAGCAACUGUUAGCUUCAAUGUAAUGUUAAAAUUUGUAUAGAUUUUAGUGCUUGGAAUACCCUACAAUAUUCCUGCUGUUUGUGGGGAUAUGGACACAAAUGUGCAUCCCCUUGUGGUUGGCUAUAUGAAAACCUGAAAACAUUUUGUGUAAAACACAGAAAAUCAGCAAUAAAAAUUAAUAAAAAUAUUUCUCUACAUCAA